UCAUGGCGAUCGGGAGAGAGGGAACACCACCGACGGACGCACACUGUUUCGGCGCUCCUCAAAGAGUUUAUCUGGGUUUAAACUAAGUUGUCAAUCUUCCUGACACAAACAUUUUCCAGGCAAUACCAGGUGGACAUCAUCACAGGGCCCCCUCCAGCUCCCACAUUUGUUCUUCACCGUCCCAGGUUAAGACUCCUUGGUCUAUGGCUCUGAUGGACAAAACCAAACAUGUCAAGCGGCAGAGACUUGACCGCAUUUGUGAGGGUAUCCGACCCCCCAUCCUGAAUGGGCCGAUGCACCCACGGCCCCUGGUGGCCCUCCUAGAUGGGCGCGACUGCACAGUGGAAAUGCCCAUCCUCAAAGACGUGGCGACCGUGGCUUUCUGUGACGCUCAGUCUACACAGGAGAUCCAUGAGAAGGUGUUAAAUGAAGCCGUGGCGGCUCUGCUAUAUCACACUAUAACUUUAUCCAGAGAUGACUUGGAAAAGUUUAAAGGACUACGAGUUAUUGUCAGGAUCGGCUCCGGAUUUGACAAUGUUGACGUCAAAGCAGCGGCUGAGCUUGGCAUCGCUGUCUGUAACGUACCAGCAGCCUCUGUGGAAGAGACGGCCGACACUUCGCUAUGUCUGAUCCUUAACCUGUACAGGCGGGUCACCUGGAUGCACCAAGCCCUCAGGGAGGGGACUCGUGCUUCUAGCGUGGAGCAGAUAAGGGAGGUGGCCGGAGGCGCCGCUCGUAUCAGAGGUGAAACGUUGGGCAUCAUCGGUCUUGGUCGUGUUGGCCAGGCUGUGGCCCUGCGAGCCAAGGCGUUUGGGUUUAGCAUAAUCUUUUAUGACCCUUACCUGCCUGAUGGUGUGGAGCGCUCGUUGGGCCUCCAGCGAAUGGCCACGCUGCAGGACCUGCUCAUACACUCAGACUGUGUGUCUUUGCACUGCAGCCUCAACGAGCACAACCACCACCUCAUUAACGACUUCACCAUCAAACAGAUGCGCCAAGGAGCUUUUCUGGUGAACACAUCAAGAGGGGGACUGGUGGAUGAGAAAGCUCUGGCUCAGGCCUUGAAGGAGGGCCGGAUACGUGGAGCCGCCCUGGACGUACAUGAGACAGAACCCUUCAGUUUUUCAACGGGCCCCUUGAAGGAUGCCCCCAACUUGAUCUGUACCCCUCACACAUCUUGGUACAGUGAGCAGGCUUCAGUUGAGGCUCGUGAAGAGGCAGCCAGAGAGGUUCGCCGGGCCAUCACCGGUCGUAUCCCAGACAGCCUGAAGAACUGUGUCAAUAAGGAGUAUCUGAUGGCUGCCUCCCAGUGGCCCACCAUGGAGGCAGCUCCCGUUCACCCAGAGCUGAAUGGAGCCGCCUACAGAUUUCCUCCAGGUCUGAUCAACGUGGCAGCAGCAGCAGCAGCGGGGGGCCUCCCAGGAGCAGAGAGCCUGGUUUCAGGACCCCUGGCACAUGGCAUUGCCCCCGUCUCCCACCCCCCUCAUGCCCCGUCCCCAGGGCAGCCCACUAAGGCUGAAGCCGACAGAGACAUCCCCUCCGACCAAUAGCCCCCUCUGCCAGCUCUGGCACAUUCCGUCAUCUCUGGAAACCGAACCCCCCACCCCCCCUGGCCCCUCCUCUGCCUCGCUCCUUCAGGAUCAGACACCAACCUACCCUGUGGUGCACAGGAAGCACCAGUCUGACCCAUCUUGGAUCUACAGUCAUUCAUCUGAUCAGACAACUUUCCCAGGAACGACCCAUCCUCAUCAGACCCACAUCCUUCCAUCCUCAUCCCACCGAUCACCCAUCCAACCGCCAGACCCCCCCCAACAAUGUCAGCAAUAACUCUGUUCUCAAGGAUUCAAUUAUUGGAUUGGUUUUACUUCCUUAGCUGGCUGUUGUGUUAAUGAAAAGUUGAUCUAUUGUGGUUCUAGGUGUUGCCGUUUUGUUGAGAAGAAUUAGCUUUUCCGACACGAGGCUUUAGGCUGCUGCCUCCAGCAGAAACAGGACAUUCAAAGCUCCACUUUGUACAUUGAUGGCUCGUGUUACUACUCUCUUUUUCUGUUGUUGUUGUUUUAUUUUUGUUUUCCUUCCCCCUCUCUCUGCCCGUGUUGUGACUGGGGGAAACCGCUUCUUAAGGUAAACUGAGCAGAACCUAGCUGCCCUCUAGCCCUCCAUCCCUUAAACCUCUGUGGUGCUGUUGUUGCUCAGCAGAGGGGUUUCUAAUGCAGUCUGUGUGGAGCUCUCUUAACUGUGAAACUCUGUAGCUUAAACCAUUUAAAGAGUAACCCUCCCCAAUUAUCACCUUGUUUCUGUAUUUUCAGCAUUUCUCCCUUUAUUUCCUCCAAGAUUUCUGGCAAGCAGCUAAAGAGAAACUCAUUUGUACCCCAACGCCAGCAGAGGGCGCUCUCUAUCCGGCCUCCUAACAGAUCAAAGAUAUUUGCUCCAUCACUUGAACUUAGUAUUAAACCUUUAGAAAUGAACUAAAAUUAAAUUUGAUAGGACUUCACAACCACCCUACACAUCCUCAUCAUCCUCUCGCAUCAUAGCCCCCCCCAGCAUCCGUGCACAUAAAACCAGUAUGCAUCCACCAGUUCCUUCAGACGGGACAGGACCGUACGGAUUCGAUUCCCUGCAGGAGCAAAUGGCAGCCAGCGUUCCUGCAUGCUUGCAUCUUAAAGACAGUGGUGUGUGUGUGUGCGUUUCAGUGUGUGUGUGUGUGUUUGCUCCCCUCGCUCUGUCGCCCGUUCCAAAGGAGUCGUCCCGUAAAGUUAACUCUUAAAACGCUGUUGCCCUGAUUCUAAGGGAACACCUUUCUAGUACCUCAUUAACAGAUAUUGAAUGUACCGUGCUACCCUUUUUUUUUUUUUUGUGUACAGAUUUUCUAGAUGAAAUUGUAGCAGUCAUGAUAAAAUUGAAAGAAAAAAAAAAAGAGGAAGCCCAGUUGAAAUAAAUUUGAGAUGAACUCCUCAGGCGUCGAAAUCAAACUCAUCUGUUUGCCUUUCUCACUCAGUUUAGCACAAUUUUCAGACUUUAGGCUGUAAAAUGAUUUUAAUUUUUAAGCAUUAGCCAAGGAAGUGAAAGAAGUUGGACUAGGACAGUGGUAGUACAUGCUUACAUUGAACCCCCUCUCUCAUUAAGCUGCUGUCUAUAGUGCAUGUGCAUUAAUUUUUGAGGGGAAAUGAGACCCUCAGCCCCCCUCUCCUCCCUCUCUCUCUCUCUGUGUCUCCAUCAAAGUGUUUUUUUUUUCCUUUUCUUUCAGUCGUAGACAGUUUCCAGUGAUGUACAGUUUGUCCCCUCAGAGUCUAUGAGCGACAGAUGGCUCCUUUGUCAUGUGAUAAGUAUAUAUUUUUAAAGAAAAAAAAAUAACCCCAUAGUUUGGAUUAUACUCUUGAAAUGUCCUGUUGAUGAUAUAUAUUUCCCAGUCCAGCGCUAAACCGUUUGGUUUUUAACAGGUCUGCUCUCUGUGUUCAACAUGUUGUACUGAAACAUUUCAGAGAGAAUGAGAUCCCUGCCUGUUUCCCCUCCUCCUAUAUUGUUUUUUUCUUUCUUAAAAUCUGUCGUUUCUGGCUGAUAUCCUGUGGGCCUUAUUUGUUCUCCCCCUGUUACAGUAGCUGGUAUAGAAAGUUGCCAUUGGAGCCACUCACUGCCUUAAUACAGUUGACCACAGCAGGUGAAGCCAGGAGACAACAGGUCUCUGAAUAAAACUCCUCGCUCCCCAUACAGGUCUGAAUUUACAGCACCACUUAUUUCCUGUUCCGGUAAAGAACCACGUUUAGCCUUGUUGAAGCUGCUCAUUCUGCAGCCAAAGAAACCCAGCGUAAGCUCCGAAGUCUCCUUUAGGUGACUCACAUUUUUUCCUGUUUUGUUUAAAGCAGAUCCAGCCAGCUCUUUCUCUCAUAGUGCAGCGGCUGACGUUUAACUCUUGGGUGUGAGACCGCACUGCCACCUUCACCCACUGCGCUCGGUAGGGACAGUGCAGCGGACACUGGCGUGGUUUCAGUGAGAGUUGGUCACUUCUCUCUCAGGGUUCAAAUGCACACAUAUCCUCCAGCAGUCGGCCUGCGUGUCCUUGUCCCUCACCUCGAGGUUUUCCUCCCUCAGACUGUUGACCCGACCUCUUGCGUCCUUGCUGACCUCUAGAUCCUCGUUCUGUGCACAGAUCGGAACCGUUUGGUUUUUGUUUGUUUUUGUUUUAUACUUUUUAGCACUGACAUCUAACCAUCUAACCAGGAAUGAAUGAAUGCUUGAAAGUGACUGUGUGAUGUUGAAAUUGGGAAAUGUAUUUUUACAACAUGUGAACAUGUUUCUUUUUUUCCCCCCUCCUCCAAUCACUCUCAUUGUGAAUUAUUUUAUUUCUUUUCUUUCACCAGACUGCAAAAACAAAAACGCCAGAAAAAAAAAUCUGUAACUAGGCUCUUAAGCUUUAUUUUUUUUUUGUUUACUUUUUUAUUAGAAACAAUCAUGUUUGUGAUGGUAACCUCCAAUGGUAAACACAACACCGUAUUUUAAUAAAAUCCUAAAAAAUA